AUGAAGUUCUUCAGCAUCGCUGCUGUCGCAGCGUCCCUUCUUUCCUCCGGCAAUCUGGUAUCUGCCGCGCCAAGGAAGCUUAGUCCCAAGGACCUGGAGAUUUCGGUCCUUGGCGGUUUGACAUUCAAGAUCGGUAUGGUUCACAAUACCGACUUCUCCAUGUCCCACCGUGGCCUGAGGAGCGUGGCCAAGGUCUACGCCAAGUACGGACUGCCCAUUCCUGAGGACAUCCUCGCCGCCAUCCAGGACUUUUUGAGGGAGCUUGGAGUCAAGCUAGCCCAUCCUGGCCUUGCCAGCCAGGGUUGGAACUCGACCGACAAUGCUACCAGCGCGGAUCAAGGUUCGUCUGGCCCCAGCACACAUGCGACUGUGUGUGAGGUAUCGGCUGUCCCUCAGCUCUUCGAUGUCGAGUAUCUCUCCGAGGUCGAGAUCGGCACGCCGCCUCAGAAAUUGAUGCUGGACUUCGACACCGGCUCUUCAGACCUGUGGGUCUUCAGCUCGAAGACUCCCAAGACCCAGGUCAACGGACAGAAGCUUUACGAGAUGGAGAAGAGCUCGACUGCGAAGGAGGUCGAGGGCUCAGUCUGGAGCAUCCGAUAUGGUGACGGCAGUCAGUCGUCCGGCACCGUCUACACGGACACUGUGACCAUUGGUGGUGUUACGGUCGAGAACCAGGCCAUCGAGUCGGCAUCCAGAGUUUCGGCCUCGUUCACAAACGACACGGCUUCGUCGGGACUUCUCGGUCUGGGAUUUGACUCUAUCAACCAGAUUCAGCCCAAAAAGCAGAAGACCUUCUUUAGCAACGCUAUGAAGGACCUGGCCAUGCCCCUCUUUACUGCCAACCUGAAGAAGUCCGAAGCCGGCAACUACAACUUCGGCUUCAUCGACAAGACCGAGUUCACCGGCGACAUCACCUUUGUUGAUGUUAACAGCACCGCCGGUUUCUGGCAGUUCACCACUGACAGCUACUCUAUCGGCAACAACGUGACUGUGAAUCAGCCGCACGAGGCCAUCGCCGACACCGGCACCACCCUGCUCAUGCUGCCCGAGCAGCUCGUCGCCUCCUACUACAAGCAGGUCAAGAGCGCCACCAUGAACCGCCAGGCCGGCGGCUACGUCUUCGACUGCAAGGAGAAGCUCCCCGACUACACCGUCACCAUCGGCGGGCACAAGGCCGUCGUCCCCGGCGAGCUGAUCAACUUUGCCCCCGCCGACUCCGAGUCGUUCGAGACAGCCACGGUCUGCUUUGGCGGCAUCCAGCCCGUCGGCAACCUGCCGUUCGCCAUCUACGGCGACAUCUUCCUCAAGAGCCAGUUUGUCGUCUUCCACGGCGGCAACACGCAGCUCGGCUUCGCCUCGAAGCCCCUGUAA